AGAGGCGCGUUCUCGCCACACGCGCUCAAGAGGCAGAGCAGCAUCCCAUGAACACAGGAAGCACUGGUUUGCCUUUUAAAACAACACUUGCGUUUGCCCUCCAUCGUCACAGACUACUCACAUCGCCACGGGAUGAACACCCCCGAGCCGAGUGGAUUCUGAGGCCAUCCCACUAACAUCCAUCUUGGACCGGCUAAAGGACCCCCCCGCGCCAUUCCUCGACUUUUGACCGCGUCGCUACCAGCUGCAGCCAGACAGAAUGUCCAGCAGCCCUGAAGACACUCUCUCCAGGGGCGGCGGCUCCGACCUUAAACUAGCCUCUUCGAACAACACGUCCCCGGAAGGUGGACAGCCGCCGCCGCUGCACCAGAGCCGAAUACGGCAGUCGGACAGCAACACCAGUUUCCUGCGGGCCGCCAGAGCUGGAAACAUCGAUAAAGUCCUUGAGUUCUUGAAAAAUGGAGUUGACAUUAGCACCUGCAACCAGAAUGGUUUGAAUGCCUUGCAUUUGGCGGCCAAAGAGGGACACCAGGACCUUGUGGACGAAUUGUUGGAGAGAGGAGCGCCUGUUGACUCAUCCACGAAGAAAGGAAACACCGCCCUUCACAUUGCCUCGCUGGCUGGGCAAAAAGAGGUGGUCCGGCUCCUGGUGAAGAGAGGAGCUGAUGUGAACUCGCAGUCUCAGAAUGGCUUCACACCGCUCUAUAUGGCCGCACAGGAGAAUCACUUGGAGGUUGUAAGAUAUUUGCUGGAAAAUGAUGCAAACCAGAGUAUAGCAACAGAGGAUGGCUUCACCCCACUUGCCAUCGCACUCCAGCAGGGUCACAACGCAGUGGUGUCCCUGCUGCUGGAGCACGACACUAAAGGCAAAGUGCGCCUGCCCGCCUUGCACAUCGCGGCCCGCAAGGACGACACCAAGUCAGCCGCACUGCUGCUCCAGAACGACCACAACGCUGACGUUCAGUCCAAGAUGAUGGUCAAUAGAACCACCGAGAAUGGGAAGAGUGGUUUCACCCCUCUGCACAUCGCCGCUCACUAUGGCAACGUGAAUGUCUCCACCCUGUUGCUGAACAGAGGAGCCGCUGUGGACUUCACAGCCAGGAAUGGAAUAACACCUCUGCAUGUGGCCUCAAAGAGAGGCAACACCAACAUGGUGCUCCUGCUGUUGGACCGAGGCGCUCAGAUCGACGCUAAAACCAGGGAUGGGCUUACGCCUCUGCACUGCGCAGCCAGGAGUGGACAUGACCCAGCAGUGGAGCUGCUGCUGGAAAAAGGAGCACCCAUUUUAGCCAGAACUAAGAAUGGAUUGUCCCCACUGCACAUGUCAGCCCAGGGCGACCAUGUGGAAUGUGUGAAGCUGCUGCUGCAGGACAAGGCUCCGGUUGAUGAUGUCACACUGGAUUACCUCACAGCGCUGCACGUCGCGGCUCACUGCGGCCACUACAGGGUCACCAAGCUGCUGCUCGAUAAGAAGGCCAAUCCCAAUGCCAGAGCGCUAAAUGGAUUCACUCCCCUACACAUUGCUUGUAAAAAGAAUCGUGUGAAAGUGAUGGAGUUGUUGGUGAAAUAUGGAGCAUCCAUCCAAGCCAUUACUGAGUCUGGUUUGACUCCCAUCCAUGUCGCUGCCUUCAUGGGCCACCUCAACAUUGUUCUACUUCUCCUGCAGAAUGGAGCUUCUCCCGAUGUCCGCAACAUUCGUGGCGAGACAGCUCUACACAUGGCAGCCCGAGCAGGCCAGAUGGAGGUGGUGCGCUGUUUGCUGCGAAACGGCGCGCUGGUGGAUGCCAUGGCCAGAGAGGAUCAGACUCCCCUUCACAUUGCAUCCCGAUUAGGAAAAACCGACAUUGUCCAGCUGCUCUUACAGCACAUGGCCCACCCGGACGCCGCCACCAUCAAUGGUUACACCCCGCUUCACAUUUCAGCCAGGGAGGGCCAAGUGGAGACAGCCGCCGUGCUCCUGGAGGCCGGAGCCUCACACUCCAUGGCCACCAAGAAAGGAUUUACUCCAUUACACGUCGCCGCUAAAUACGGAAGCCUUGAAGUGGCAAAACUACUACUACAACGCAAAGCUCUCCCUGAUGAUGCAGGCAAGAAUGGACUAACACCGCUACAUGUAGCAGCUCAUUAUGACAACCAAGAGGUGGCGCUGCUGCUGCUGGACAAAGGAGCCUCACCUCACGUGACUGCAAAGAAUGGCUACACCCCACUUCACAUCGCGGCCAAAAAAAACCAGACUAACAUUGCGCGAGCACUGCUGGAGUACGGUGCAGAAACCAAUGUUCUGACCAAGCAGGGAGUCAGUCCUCUUCACCUGGCUGCACAGGAGGGGCAUGCUGAGAUGGCCAGCUUGCUACUGGGCAAAGGAGCACACAUCAACACAGCCACCAAGAGUGGACUGACUCCUCUGCAUCUCACGGCACAAGAGGACAGGGUCAGUGCUGCAGAAGUGUUAGCCAAACAUGAUGCCAACCUGGACCAGCAAACGAAGCUUGGCUAUACACCUCUAAUAGUAGCCUGUCACUACGGAAACGCCAAGAUGGUCAACUUCCUGUUACAGCAAGGUGCGAGUGUCAACGCCAAAACCAAGAAUGGAUACACACCUCUCCACCAGGCGGCCCAACAAGGAAACACACACAUAAUCAAUAUUUUACUGCAGCAUGGGGCCAAACCAAGUGCUACUACUGUGAACGGAAACACUGCUCUAUCCAUUGCCAGGCGUCUGGGUUACAUCUCGGUGGUAGACACACUGAAAGUGGUCACAGAGGAAGUCAUCACUACCACAACGACGGUCACAGAGAAACACAAACUCAACGUCCCAGAAACUAUGACGGAAAUCCUUGAUGUGUCUGAUGAAGAAGCUCUCGGCCUUGAAGAUGAUCCUUGCUCUGAGAUGUCUCUCGAGCUGGAAGGCGAGGACACUAUGACGGGCGAUGGAGGCGAGUACCUUAGAGCAGAGGACCUGCGAGAGCUUGGCGAUGACUCUCUACCAGGACACUACUUGGAAAGCUUCAGCUACAUGAGCCACAACCUGGACAGACCUCAGCACCAAAGCUUCCAUCAGAGGGACGGUGUUCUUAUUGAGGACAUGAUUACCAGCCAUCAAGUGUCAGCGCUGUCAAGGGAGCAAGACAAAGACUCGUUCCGCCUGAGCUGGGGGGCUGAGCACCUUGAUAAUGUGGUGUUGUCCUCCAGUCUGCUGCACUCUGGCCGUUCGUCUCCUUGCCUAGACCAUGACAAUAGCAGCUUUCUGGUCAGCUUCAUGGUAGACGCAAGAGGCGGUGCCAUGCGAGGCUGCCGUCAUAAUGGCCUAAGAAUCAUCGUGCCGCCUAGGAAGUGUUCUGCGCCUACGAGGGUGACAUGCAGGCUGGUAAAAAGACACCGCCUGGCCUCCAUGCCCCCGAUGGUCGAAGGUGAGGGGCUGGCUGGUCGCAUCAUUGAAGUGGGACCCACUGGAGCACAGUUCCUGGGUAAGCUUCACCUUCCCACAGCUCCGCCCCCUCUGAAUGAGGGCGAGAGCCUGGUCAGUCGCAUCCUACAACUGGGUCCUCCAGGAACCAAGUUCCUCGGUCCCGUGAUUGUGGAGAUCCCGCAUUUUGCUGCUCUGAGGGGCACUGAGAGGGAGCUGGUCAUCUUGAGGAGUGAAACGGGAGAAAACUGGAGGGAGCAUCACUGCGAUUUCACUGAAGAGGAGCUGAACCAGAUCCUGAAUGGAAUGGAUGAAAAACUGGAUUCUCCUGAGGAGCUUGAGAAGAAAAGAAUCUGCCGCAUCAUCACGCGAGACUUUCCACAGUAUUUUGCUGUGGUGUCAAGAAUAAAACAGGACAGCCAUCUGAUCGGUCCAGAGGGCGGCGUCCUCAGUAGCACUCUUGUUCCUCAGGUACAGGCUGUCUUCCCUGAGGGAGCCCUCACCAAAAAGAUCCGAGUUGGGCUACAGGCUCAACCCAUCGAAGUUGAUGUGGUGAGAAAAAUCCUUGGCAACAAGGCCACAUUCAGUCCAAUUGUCACGCUGGAACCAAGAAGAAGGAAGUUCCACAAACCAAUCACCAUGACAAUCCCGAUUCCCAAAAGCUCAAACAAUGAAGGAGUCGGAUCUGUGUACAGCGGGGAAACACCAACCCUACGUUUGCUUUGUAGUAUUACGGGCGGAACAACACCUGCUCAAUGGGAAGACAUCACAGGCUCUACACCUCUUACCUUUGUUAAUCAGUGUGUUUCCUUCACGACCAAUGUGUCAGCAAGAUUCUGGCUGAUCGACUGCCGACAAGUCCAGGAUUCUGUUAGUUUUGGCUCUCAGUUGUACAGAGAGAUUAUUUGUGUCCCAUACAUGGCCAAGUUUGUCAUCUUUGCCAAGACCUUGGACCCCAUUGAAGCACGACUUCGCUGUUUCUGUAUGACUGAUGACAAAAUGGACAAGACACUGGAGCAGCAAGAGAACUUCACAGAAGUCGCACGAAGCCGGGAUGUUGAGGUCCUGGAAGGAAAACCCAUAUUUGCUGACUGUUUUGGAAACCUGGUGCCACUAACCAAGAGUGGGCAGCAUCAUGUCUUCAGCUUCUUUGCCUUCAAAGAGAACCGACUAGCCCUUUUCAUUAAAAUUAGAGACACGGCACAGGAGCCAUGUGGUCGGCUUUCCUUCACGAAAGAACCACGCACAUACCGCAGUCUGAACCAUAAUGCGAUCUGCAACCUUAACAUCACCCUCCCAACAUAUUCCAAGGAGUCUGAUUCGGAACAAGACAUGGAUGACGAGAGUGAGAAGAGUGACAAGAAAUAUGAUGAAUCUGAAUCAACGUUCUCACUGAAAACGAGUCAACCUCUGGACCCUGCAGCCCUUGCAAGCCCGGAUCUUCUGUCUGAUAUGUCAGACGUAAAAAUUCCUGUUGUGAAUUCUGAGCAAUCAGAUCACUUGAAAAAUUUGGAGGCAGAUGGUUCUGGAUGGAAUGAAGAAAAGGAAACUCUUGCCAGCUAUGAACUACAAGAGAGGCUUGGAAAGGGUGGAGGGAUUCAGAGUAACCGGAUUAGUAGCACUAAAGAGGAAGCGCAAGAGGAGAGUGCAAGAAAAGCAAAGAGAUUCUCGGUUUUAGAGUCACUUGAAGCAAGGAAUGUUGAGACAAAGAGCACUUUAAGCAGACUUGCCACAGAGGACCUGGCAUGCAUGGGCUCAUACCCUGGCUUCGACAAAAACCUGAAACAGCAAGCUGCAUUGAUGGAUGAUUCUCAGGAGGAGGUUGUCCAAGAAACGGUUGAACAUCUUACUGUGAAGUCUGAUGGUAAACGAAGACCUCCUGACAUCAAGAAACCUAUUAGGAGAAAGAUACGAGACAGAGAACGUUCUGCAUAUAGUAGCUCUGAAGGAGAGUUGGAAAGGAUGAGCUCCGAGGAGUCAUUAGACGGUGAUGCUGUUCUGAAUGAGAGUGGUCUUGUUCUUGCACCAGUGAUAGAUCCACCAGCUUCUCCUUGUGUGGUUGAAACACCUUUCGGAUCAAUAAAGGACCGGGUUAAAGCCUUACAAAACCAAGUUGAAGAGGAGGAAGCCUUUAAACAUGCUCAGGUACAGAUUCUAAGUUCGUCCCUUGCAAAAACAAAAAUGGAGGAUGAAAUGCCACAGCUCCCCAGUGUUCCCAAAUCCCCCAGAUCUCAGACAGAAAGAUUAGAAGAGACUAUGUCUGUGAAGGAGCUGAUGAAAGCAUUCCAGACCGGCCAGGACCCUUCAAAAAAUAAAUCGGGGCUUUUUGAGCACAAAGCAUUGGCGUCUUGUGAUUCCACACAGGCAAUCGAAAUAGCAGAUUUUGAAGAUAAAAAGGAGACUUACCAAAGUCCAAAACUGCCACCAAAAUCCGAAAGUCAACACCUCAGCAUUCCCCAUCAUGAGAAUGACUUUCAAAGAAGUGACAAAGCUGACUCUGGAUAUCCACCAACAGGCAUACUUAAAGACAGCUCAAAGGAAUCACUACUAAUCUCUGAUGCAAAUGUUGGAAAGACGGUCACAUUUUGUGACGACAAAGGUGUUCACACAAGCAAAAAGUCAACUGAGCCUUUUGUAAAGCAAAGUAUGUCCGUUAAAGAGCUAACAAAAGCAUUCCAGUUUGGGAAAGAGCCUUCAAAAUGCCAAGAUGGGCUCUUUAAGUAUGACUCCGAUUCUCCUCCGAAUAUUUCAGCACUUGAAGCAGUCGCUCUCAAAGAAGCCACUAGCCCACAGGAAGCAAAAUCUACAGAUUACAAUUCCUCUGAUGCAUCAGAGUUAAUGUCAGAUGACGUUUGUUUUGGAAACAAGGUAGACAAUGCUGAUAUAAUUCAGCAUGACAAGGGGAGGACUAGUCCUCAGAGAGAACUUUUAACUAGGAGGGACUGGCGAAUGAUGCAAGUGGAAGAGCAAUCUCUCAGCACCGGUAUGACUUUAUCUGAAGAACUGCAGAUAAGCCCUGACCGCAGGCCUUCUGAGGACUUCAGUGCUGACAUAAAGGCUGAGCUGGAAGAAAGUCCUGAGUACCAGCUUUUCAAGCAAACAUCCACAGCCUUAGAUGUGAGCUUUCAGAUUGAAGGAUCUGAUGUGGAGACUGUGGUUGAUAGACUGCCAAUGUGCAGUUCAUUCGGGGAAACUAUUUCUCUUAAUGAUGAUCAAAUGAUUGAUGAAGGAUUUGAAUUUAGCCAUCUGAUGAACAAUGAUAAUGAAGAUGAAGACAUCACAGGUGAGGUACCAAUACUGGAAGAGGUCCACAUUAGUAGGAACACAGAUAGGCAAGCGUUCACAUCAGCUAAAGAUAUGUCAGCAAUGACGUCCUUCAUGGAAACAGACUUGGAUCAGUAUCUACAAACCAAUUCUGAACCAAAUCAGCCACCACAAGAGUUUAUUAUUGAGGAACAUUUUGAACAAAUUGUCCUGAUUAAGGAAAAAGAAAAUGACACCGGCACAUUCUCAUCUGGGAGUCUUGAGUUUGAUACAGAAGGAGAAAAUGAUCAUAACGACAUUAAAGAUCAGUCAUUGAAGUUGGAAAAUGAGGAAACAGAGAGUGAAUGUAAAAAAUUAGAAGGUGCAAAAAGGAGACAUGGGCUAUUGUCAGACAACAAUGAUUUGGAUAUGUUCCAAGAGGUCAGGCCAAUGAUUGGUUGGCCAGAAGAACAGAAUAAUUUUCCAAAAGCAUUUGAAAAAACAAGUUCUGGACGAGACAAAAAUAAGUCAUAUCAUUCAAGUGUCGCACAGAACUAUGAUGGACUUGAAGGGAUGCUCCUGGAUGAAGUACUAAGUGAUGAAGAAAAAGAGUGUUUAACAAGCAAUGAUGGAAGAAAUGCAUUUUUUUCACAAUACGAUAAUGGAACUGAAAGAAAAACAAUUGAGGAACCGCUAGUUGAAGAAGUCCACAUUGGCAGGAAAAUGGAUUACCAGCAACCUGCAACAGUGCGAGAUAUGUCAGGGUUAGUGUCGUUAAUGACAACUAACAUGGAUCAGUGUCUCGAAACUACAACUGUAACUGAUCAACCCCUGCAAGAGACUAUCACUGAGGAAAAAUUUGAACAAAUUAUCCUUACAAAGGAAAAGGAGAAAGACGUACACCCACUUGCUUCUGACGUGGCUGGAUUUGGCACAGAACAGAAACACUUUGAAGAAACUGAAGUAAGAGAUGACAGAAAUGAGACAUCUUGUUCUAGUUUGGGAAAUGACUGUGAAGGACUUGGAGUGGCCCCUCAGGUGAACACUGACAAUGAAGACAUCACACCUGAUGAACCACUGCUGGAAGAGGUCCACAUUGUCAGAAAAACAGAUAAGCAGGCACCCACAGUAGUGAAAGAUAUGUCAGGGUUGGUAUCCAUAAUGAAAAUGGACAUGGAUCAGUGUCUGGAAUCUGGUCCUGUAACAGAUAAACCGCAAAAAGCGGAUAUCGUUGAAGAAAUUUUUGAACAAACUAUCCGAACAAAGGAAAAAGAGAAAGACAUAUUUGCUUCUGAUGCAUCUGCAUUUGACUCAGAAGAGGAACAUUUUGAAGAAACUGAUAUAAGAGAAAACAAACAUAAGACACCUCAUUCCAGUUUCGGAGAUGACUAUGAUGAAUGUACAGUGGCCCCCCAGAUGAACAAUUUUAAUGAAGAAAUAAUUGAUGAACCACUACUUGAAGAGGUUCAUACUGGCAAGAAAGGCAAUAACCAGGACCCAAUAGCAGUAAGAGAGAUGUCAGGGUUAGUGUCCUUCAUGAAAAAUGAUUUGGAGCAAUGUCUCGAAAGCGUACCAGAUCAAACACCACAAGAGAAUAUAGUUGAGGAAAAUUUUGAACAAAUUAUCCCAAUAAAGGAACAAGAGAAAGACAUUCAUCCAUUUGCUUUGGAUAAGGCUGGGUUCGGCACAGAGCAGAAACAUUUUGAAAAAACUGAUGGAAGAGAAGAGGGAAAUAAGACACCUCAUUCCAGUUUGGGAGAUGACUAUGAGGAAAUUACAGUGGCCCCUCAGAUAAACAAUUAUAAUGAAGAAAUCAUAAUGGAUGAGCCACUACUUGAAGAAGUCCAUUUUGGCGAGAAAACCAAUAACCGGGCACCCACAGUCGUGAAAGAGAUCUCAGGAUUAGUGUCUUUAAUGAAAAAUGACUUGGAUCAAAGUUUCGAAACAACAUUUGUACCAGAUCAACCACCACAAGAUUGUGUAAUUGAGGAAAAUAUUGAACAAGUUAUACAAACAAAGGGAAUCGGGAAAAACUUUCAUCUCUUUGUUUCUGAUGAUGCCAGGUUUGGGACAGAAGAGGAACAUUUCAAAUACACUGAUAUAGGAGAAGGCAGAAAUAAGACACCUCGUUCCAGUUUGGGAGAUGACUAUGAAGAAUUUAAUGUGGCCCCUCAGAUGAGCAGUGAUAAUGAAGAAAUCACACAUGAUGAACCACAACUUGAAGAAUUUCAUACUGACGACAAAGCCAAUAACCACGACCCAACAGCAGUAAGAGAGAUGUCAGGGUUGGUGUCCUUCAUGAAAAAUGACUUGGAUCAAUGUCUAGAAACAAAGUCUGUACCAGAUCAAUCACCACAAGGGAAUAUAAUUGAAGACAAUUUUGAACAAGUAAUCUUAAAAAAGGAAAACAAAAAAGACAUUCAUUCUUUUGCCUCAGAUAAGGUUGGGAUUCGCACAGAAGAGAAACAUUUAGAAAAAAUUGUCAAAACAGAAGAUAGGAAUAUGACAUUGUGUUCCAGUUUGGGAGAGGACUAUAAAGAACUUGGAGUGUACAACAAUAAUGACGACAUCACAACUGAUGAGCCAUUACUUGAAGAGGUUUCCAUUGGCAAGAAAACAGAUUACCAGGGACCCACACCAGUGAAGGAUAUGUCAGGGUUGGUGUCCAUAAUGAAAAUGAACAUGGAUCAGUGUCUCGAAUCUUGUCCUCUGACAGAUCAACCACAACAAGAGGAGAUAAUUGAGGAAAACUUUGAACAAAUUAUCCUUAUAAAGGAAAAAGACAAAGCCAAAUCCCCACUAGCUUCUAGUGUGGUUGGAUUUGGCACCGAACAAAAACGUUUUGAAGAAACUCAUAUCAGAGAAGACAGAAAUAAGACACCUUGUUCCAGUUUGGGAGAUGACUCUGAGGAACUUAUCCCAGCCCCUCAGAUGCAGAAUGUAAAUGAAGAAAUGGCAAUUGAUGAACCACGACAUGAAGAAGUUCAAAUUGCCGAGAAACUCAAUAACCGGAUACCCACAGCAGUGACAGAUAUGUCAGGUUUGGUGUCCUUAAUGAACAAUGAUUUGGAUCAAAAUCAGGAAUCAGACCAAGACGAUAUUUUUGAGGAAAAUGUGGAACCACUUAUCUCAACCAAUGGAAAUGAGAAGGAAAUUCACAGUUUUGUCUCAGAUAAGCUUCAGUUUGCCAAAGAAUUCAAACAUUUUGAAGAAACUGUUCGAAGAAAAGACGAACUUAGGACACCUUGUUCCAGUUUGGGGGACAGCGAAGGACUUGCAAUGGCCCCUGAGAUGAGCGAUGACAAUGAUGAAAUCACAUUUGAAGAAGAACUACUCGAAGAAGUCCACAUCGGCAAGAACAUCGAUAACCAGGGUCCCAGAGCAGUGGAAGAUAUGUCAGGGUUGGUGUGCCUAACGACAACUGACUUGGAUCAGUGUCUCGAAACGAAAUUUGAUGAGAAACCACCACAACAGGUUUUUGAGGAAAGGUCUGAGCAAAGUAUCUCAACAAAGGAACAAGAGACAGGCAUCUAUUCAUUUGUUUCUGUUGAAAGAACUCACAGAGUUGUGGGUAGACCCGAAGGAGCCGAUCACGCAAGCGUGGAUCAUCAGUCAUUUGAAAUAAAUGCAGCCAAAGACACGGAGAAUGAAUAUGGAAUAUCCAAAGCCCCCCAAGACAUAAAAGAACUUUCUGGGAAGUUGUCAGUAAACGUGAGUGACUUGAAUGAAAUCACAGAGUCUGUGACUAUCUGGCCAGAGGAAGAAACUCAUUUUCAGAAACAGGACCAUGUCACUGAUGAUGUAAAAGUGGAUCACACAACACAAGAAAUAGGUGAAAGUCAGGCCUUGACUAAAGAGCUCCCAAUCACACAAGAAUGGAAUGGGCAAAAGCCUUCAUAUCAACCAUCUACUGAUAUAAAGGAAAUUCCGGGCAUGAUAUUACUGCUAAAGAGUGACUUAGACCAAUGCUUGAUGGAUAGACCAGUGACAUAUCAGACUCCAGAAGAGGACAUUAUUCAGGAGAAAUUUGAAGAAGUUAUUCUGACUAAAUUCAAUAAACCUCUUAGUGAGGAGAACCCUGAAAAUGACAAUAAGCAUGAUGGAGAGAGAAUGACACAGAUGCAGACUCAUGUAGUUGAAAGCAAAGAAGUCAGUCCAAGUUCAGUUAUCAAGGCAUCACUCCAGGAAGUUUGCACUGAUGAAAAGAAAUACAGACAAGAUAAUAAAACUCGGGGGGAUAUGUCAGGCAUGUUGUCACUCCUUGGGGAUGACUUAGAUCAUUAUUUAAAGGAAGAACCAGCUCUGAUGCAAUGCCACCCCGUCGAGGAAGUUGUCCAUGAGGCCUGCAAACAAGAUAUAAUAUCAAAAGACACUGACAGAAAACCAAGUACAUUUUCGACUGAAAAUGGCACAAUGCUCUCAGAUGAGGCCAUAUCAAAGCAAAUAAAAUGCAAGUCUUACUCACAUGAAGUGAUGGAAGAAAGUUGGAAGAGUUUCCUAAUUAAAGAGGAUGCGCCUAAAAUUUCAGCUGCUGUAGAGUCACAUUUUAGUGACUAUAGUGAAAGUACUGAGGAAUUUCCAAAGCCAUAUGAAACAAUGGGUGAAUGCAUGAAUGAAUAUAAAGAAGAUGCCAAUUUUGCCACCACUGGCCCACUUAUACCACGAAGGCCAGUUGAUUUAAAGAACCUUGACACUGACGGUUUCAAUGAACCAGUUAAAGAGCUUUAUCCACGAGACUCUCUGGAGGCAAGUCCGGUUGUGGAAGAUAUGUCUUCGAAGAAAUCCCCAGAUUCCAUUGAGCCAAGCCCUACAAGAGAAUCUCCUUGUCCAGAUUCUCUUGAAGGAAGCCCCACUCAAUCAGAUGACACUGGAGACCGAACAUUGCCAGCCAAGGCAGCUGUGUAUGAGGAGUAUGCAUCACAACUUAAAGCCUGUAUAGCUUUUGAUGCAAAUAUACCAGAAGAUGACAAUGAACCAGAAAACGUCACACAAAUGGAAGGUGACAACUAUCCCUCUUUCCAUGAAGAUGAACAGGAGGAUUAUUCCACAAUCAAUCAAUUUACCCCAGAAGAGGAGAUGUUUAAAAUGGCUGCAAGGAUCAAAACUUUUGAUGAAAUGGAACAGGAAGCCAAAACAAAGAGGGAUACAUCCCCAUAUGCAUCAUCACAGUUAAGUGAUCAUGUGGAUAUUGAGCUAGAUAAACAAAUGGCCUCAGCUACAGAUACACCAGGGGAAUAUUUUGAAAAUACUGUUGCAGGAACAGAUAUUGUUUCAAGUCAUAGUAUACAUGAAGAGAGGGAAGAACGUGAGUCACAAAUAAACCCAGAAUUUCCAGGAAAUGAAGAGUCUCCACAACUCUUGGAAGAAAGCCCAUCUGAAAUACAUGACAGUGGCAGUAAUUCAAACAGGGGAGCUGCUGAUUCGCAUUUUCAUAGCUUUGUUACAGAAGACCUCCAUCCAGAUGACAAAAACAAUGACCUACUUCAAGGAAUUGCUGAACCUUCAACUACAGUGGAUACUCGAGAAACCCAAUGUUGUACAUCCGGGUUUGACGAUUCUGUAACCGACAAUGGACAAGUUGAUGAACAGAAGACAUAUGAUGAUUAUGAUCGAGCAGAGGACAGGAAAACACUUCAUAAAUCACCUGCUCAAUCACCAAGCGAUGCCAAAACCCCUGAUCAAUUUAAAUUUGAAGAGGGAAAGCUAUUUGAAAUGACCAGAGGGGGCGCAAUUGAUCUCACAAGAAGUUUUGAUGAAAAUGUUGAAGGAUAUGAAUUUUUUCAAAUCGAGGAACAUCCAGUGGAUGAAGUUGUUUCAGAGGCGAGUGUGGAAGAGCAAAACACCUUGUCAAAAUUUGACAAUAGCGAUUCAGUUGGAGAGGAAGUCGUGCAGAAUCCAACAAAGCACAUUAUUCCUAUUCCCAAACCCAGAACUCUCCUGACACCUUCAUGUGACAAGUCAAAGAGUGACAAGCACCUUUCUGAAGCUGAUCUUGGUUGCUCAACAGAAGUUCAGCUGGGUUCCCCGACAGGAUUGGAGAAGCUAACCAUUAUUGAAGGUACUGACAAAGGCCUUAUUGGCUUUGGCAUAAACUAUCGUGACUCCACAAUUGCCGAUCUUCAGUCAAGCACAAUGACGGAGACAUUGGAAGACCCAAGGCAAAGCUGUGAUUUAUUAUACUCCUCUGCUGAUGAGGAUGAGGAAGACGACCAGUGCUCAGUCAUUGAAAUGUCUUUUGCAGGUGCACAGGCCAAUGUCAAUCAAGGCAGUAUAACAAAGGAGGAUAGUCAAUUAAAACUGGAAAGAUUCUGUGAGAACCGUGAGCCCGGUUUGGUUAGCAAAACAGAAGACCCAACCAUGAUUCGCAGAACAAGAUCUGAGACAGACGGUGGUCCAAGUAAACCCUCUGGGAAAAGCAGCAGAAGUUGUUCUGACAGUGCAAAACCCACACAUGAAUCGAGCCUUUCCUCAGGUGGACCUCUUCCCACAACAAGACAAAUGAAAGGAAUCCAAAUACGUAAGACUGAAGAAUCAUCGAUUUCUUUGGACACUGAUGACAUCAGCAGCUCAAGUCACAAGAGUCCAGAUUCUGUCAUCUUUAUGUACGACAUCCCAACCUCAAGCAGUUUAGAUUUGGAUUCUUUGAUGGGUGCGCAACCCUCUACCCGUACAGUGGAUGUGUUUGAAUCUAGGCCUACCUGGGAUGACACGGUGGAAAAUCAGAUGCGGAGAAUCACCGAUGAACAAACUCCAGAGUGCAUGGCAGUGGAUUGGCAAGAUGAUGCUGACAGGAAAGAGGAGACAUUAGCUAUCAUUGCAGAUCUUCUUGGCUUCAGCUGGACUGAGUUGGCAAGGGAACUGGAAUUCAAUGAGGAUGAAAUCCAAUUAGUUAGAACACAGAAUCCCAAUUCACUUCAAGAACAGAGUCAUGCCUUACUUCAACAUUGGGUUGAACGGGAAGGCAAACAUGCCACAGAAGAUUGCCUGAUUAAGAGACUGACCAAGAUCAACCGGAUGGAUAUUGUUCAUCUAAUUGAAACACAGAUGAACAAAUCACUCCAAGAACAAACCUCAAGAACAUAUGCAGAGAUUGAGAAGACAUUGGACCAUAGUGAAGUGUCAGUGGCUCUGUCUUCAGUACAAGAAGAUGUGGACAGCCCCAGGAUUGUGAGAAGGGUGGAAUCAGAUCGCAAACGAGAUUGA